GUUGGGAGAACCAAGGGGCGGCGCUUGGAGCCUGGGAGGAGCGCGGUUCCGGGGCCUCCGGACACAAAGAGCGACCCGCGGGGCGCCGAGUGGGAGGUACGUGCCAGCCCAGCGCCCUUCGGCUGCGUCCCAGACUCCGUGCGCGGCGGAGACCCGAGACGCCCCCUGACCAGCCUGCUAUGGGAUGGACGAAGAAGAAGAGAACCCCUAUGUGUCAAAGCUCAGAGAGGUCUACAGUAGCUGUGACACCACUGGGACCGGCUUUCUGGAUCGGGAGGAGCUGAUCCAACUGUGCCUUAAGCUGCAUCUGGAAAAGCAGCUGCCCCUCCUUCUGCAAACACUUCUUGGAAAUGACCACCUUGCCAGGGUUAACUUUGAGGAGUUUAAAGAAGGUUUUGUGGCAGUGUUGUCCUCGAGUGCUGGUAGUGACCCUUUGGAUGGAGACAGCAGUUCUUUGGAAUCAGAUUCUUCUCAUGCUGUUCCACCAAAGUAUGUGUGUGGCUCUAAGUGGUAUGGCCGCAGGAGCCAGCCUGAGGCCAGUGACCCUGGGACUGGAGCCAAGUGCUUCCCAGAACAGCCAUCCAGGGUUCCCCUGAAGAACCAGCUCCGACGCUCUGCAUCCCUGGAAAGUGUGGAGAGCCUUAAGUCGGAUGAAGAAGCUGAAAAUGCUAAACGGCCUCAGAAUGAGUUAUUUGAAGCACAAGGACAGCUGCCAACCUGGGGUUCUGAGGUAUUUGCAAGCUUCAGGAAGUCCUGCAGCCCGCCUUGUGACACCCCCGAGAGCCAGGUCCGGGGCAUCUGGGAAGAGCUGGGUGUCGGCAGUAGCGGCCACCUCACUGAGCAGGAGCUGGCCUUGGUCUGCCAGAGCAUCGGACUCCAGGGACUUCAGAAAGAGGAACUGGAAGACCUGUUUAACAAACUGGAUCAAGAUGGAGAUGGCAGAGUGAGUCUUGAGGAAUUCCAGCUGGGCCUGUUCAAUCAUGGGCCUACUUCACUUCCAGAAUUUUCUACUCCUGUUAAAACAAGCAGACCCUGGUCUCAUUACCAGGUUCUGGAAGAGGGGAGCUGCCCCACGGCCACCACGUCGUCCCUCGUGUCUCUCUGCUCCGGCCUGCGCCUCUUCUGCAGCCUUGAUGAUGGCUCCGGCUUUGCCUUUCCUGAGCAGCUUAUUGCCCUGUGGGCCCAGGAGGGCAUCCAGAAUGGCACGGAAGUCUUGCAGAGCCUCGACUUUAGUGUGGAUGAGAAGGUGAACCUCUUAGAGCUGACCUGGGCCCUUGAGAAUGAGCUCAUGAUGGUGACUGGUUCCACUCAGCAGGCAGCCUUGGCCUGCUACCGCCAGGAGCUGAGCUUCCGUCAGGGACAAGUGGAACAGAUGGUGAAGGAGCGAGACAAGGCACGGCAGGAUCUGGAGAAAGCCGAGAAGAGGAACCUGGAGUUUGUGAAAGAGAUGGACGACUGCCAUAUCACCCUGGAGCAGCUCACAGAGCAGAAGAUCAAACACCUGGAACAGGGGUACAGAGAAAGACUGAGCCUCCUGCGGUCAGAGGUAGAAGUAGAACGUGAGGUGUUCUGGGAGCAGGCCCGCAGGCAGAGGGCCACACUGGAAACAGACCUGGAGCGCCUGAGGGUGGAGGAGGCUGGCCUUCGGGAGAAGCUGAGCCUGGUCAUGAAGGAAAACAGUCGAUUACAGAAGGAGAUUAUUGAAGUUGUGGAAAAACUGUCAGAAUCAGAGAAGUUGGCCCUGAAACUACAGAAAGAUCUGGAGUUUGUGUUGAAGGAUAAGCUGGAGCCACAGAACAUGGAGCUCCUGGCCCAAGAGGAGCGGUUCUCGAAGAUUCUGAAGGAUUACGAGCUCAAGUGCCGGGACCUGCAGGACCACAAUGACGAACUGCAGGCUGCCCUGGAAGGCCUGCGAUCACAGCUGCCCCCAAGCCCCCGAGGCUGUCUCCGCGCACAGCCGGAGGGACAGCUGCUUCCUGGGCUCAGUCCAGCAGGCACCACCUUGUUCUCUGGUGAUUCAGCUCCUGUGAGUAUAGAAAUGGAAAUAAUGAUGGAGAAGGUGAAGGAGCAUUACCACGACCUCAAGAUCCAGCUGGAGACCAAGGUUAAUUACUAUGAAAGAGAACUGGAGGUGGUGAAGAGGGACUUUGCGAAGGAGAGGAAAGAAAUGGAGCAAGCUUUCAGGCUCGAGGUUCAGGUGCUGGAGGACCAGAAAGCAGACCUGGAGACGCUCCACCAGAAAUCUCAGGACGUCAUCCACAGCCUGCAAGAGCAGCUCCAGAACAGGGCCCUCGACCCUGAGCUGGAGCGGAAGCUGGAGCUACAGAAGGUGGAGCUGGAGCAGCGCUGCGCACAGGCACUGGCUGGCCUGGCCCGGAGGCUGGCGUGCGAGAAGGAGCAGCUGGAGGAGCAGCUGCAGCGGAGGCACCGCAGUGAGCUGCUGCAGAUCAGGAAAGAGGCAGAAGCUGAGCUGAACCAAAAGCUCUUGUGGAUGGAAGCCCAGCAAUCUGCCCACUGUAAAAAUGUGUCUCUACAACAUCAGCGAGAGAAAGAAGAGAUGCUGCAGAGACACCUGCUGCAAGUGAGAGCAGUAACGGAACAGCUGGACCUGGAAAGGGGGCAGAGGGAAAAGAGGGAGCAGGAGAUCGUCACUCGCUGUAAAAGCCAGCAACUGAAGCUGCAGGAGCUGAUGAGUGAAGAGCAAGCACAGCUUUGCAAGGUCUUUGCCCUCGAGAAGGAGAAGUUAGAACUUGACUGGAAGGAGCAAGUGGAAAGGCUCACCUGGGAAACACAGAGGCUGCAGGCCCUCUUGAAUGACAGGACAGUGGUGGUAGAUGCUGAGCAAGAGCAUAUAGCUGGCCCUGCGCCCCUUCAUGCAGGCAGGAAGGAUCCCCUCCUGACCCAGUGGGGACAUAGCAAUGGACCUGAUUGUGGGCAAGCUAGGUGCAGGGAUACCCAGGCAUCCAAAGGACCCUCAGAGAGCCUUGACCUCAGGAAAAACAGUCGAAGUAUGCUUGAGGCCAAGCAGGUGGCUUCUGCUCCUACAGAGAAGUCACAGGUACACCCACCUGGGAAAGACAGAAGAGUGGUUUUGGAGGAACUGGAACCUUCUGCUGGCAGUUCAGAUAGCCUGAGCCAGCUUGAAGCCCCAGAGAUGCUCUUGGGAGAUGCCACACUAUCUCAGCCCCAGAAGAUGGAGCCUGGGCUGAGCCCUGCAAAGGAGACUGAAAGGCAACAGGUUAUUCUCCAGAAUGCAGAGCUGGCCCCUGCAGAGGGCAACCAGGGGCAGGAAGAGUGCACCCUGGAUCAGGGACUGUGGCUUGAUAUUACCAGAAGGGGCUCCACACUUGCUGGCCUUUGGCCCACUGACCCCAGUGCAGCUGGGCAGGAACAGCUCAACACCUGGAGGAAAGAAGAGUCCAAAGCGGUGCUGGAGAAAGAGAGGACUGAUGUGAAAACCAAACUUCUGCAGCUGGAAGAUGUUGUUCGGGCUCUUGAGAAAGAAGCAGAUUCGAGAGAGAACAGAAUAGAGUUGGAGAGACUUUCUGAAGAAAACACACUGUUGAAAAAUGAGCUGGGGAAGAUUCAGCAAGACCUUGAAGCUGCAGAAAGGACGAAUAGCAUACAGAGGCUAGAAAUGGACGUUUUAAAGAGAGACAAGGAGAAGGCCUGCUCUGUAGUGGAAGAACUCAAGAAACAGAGUCAGAAAUGCAAGGAUGAAUUGUUCCAGCUCAGCCACAGGGUCCUUCAGUUGGGAGAGGAGGCCUCUACACACCAGACUCAAAACGAGCAGAAUCAAGUCACCAUUCAGCUGCUGACACAGAGACUGGAAGAGAAAGGGCACCAGGAGCAGCUGCAGGGUGACCAAAUCCAAAAACUCGAACUUGAGCUUGAACAGGUGAAUCAGGAGCGUCAGAGUCUUAAGUGGUCACAGUCACAGCUGAGAAAGACACUUGAGGAAAGCCGAGACCAGGAAGAACGUGAAAAACAGCUUAAAGCCACAGAAGAGCGGGUAGAAGAGGUGGAGAUGAUUUUGAAGAAUGUGGAAAUGCUUCUACAGGAAAAAGUAGUUGAGCUGAAGAAGCAGUUUGAAAAGAACACCAAGUCUGAUUUGUUGCUCAAGGAGCUCUACGUGGAAAAUGCUCACCUGAUGAAAGCACUUCAGGUCACUGAAGAGAAACAAUACAGUGCUGAGAAAAAAACCCAGAUCUUAGAAGAGAAAGUUAGAGCUCUCAACAAACUAGUCAGUAAGAUCUCUGUGGCAUCCCUCUCUGUAUGAAGACUGCUUGUACUCCUGGAAUUCCCACCAACUAAGCAACUGUGAGGACAUCGUUUCCUGUGACUCACUGACCAGUGCUCUCAGACAUAGAGAGUUGUGGUUACUAUUCACCCCACAAGCAUUUAAUGAAUAUCUACCAUGUACCAGAUACUGAGAAAAUGGACAUGCUGGAAAAUACUUCAUUUUUAUUAGAAGUCCCGGUAACUUCCCUAGGUGAAGCCCCUAGUUUUGCUAUUUAUGUGUAAGGCAGGUUUUAAGGGGGCUCUCAGCAAGGAACAAAAAGAAAGUGAGAAAAUAAAAUUUCAGGGUUGUGCUUUGAACAGAACUACAAAAUUAUUAAAAUUAUAAAACCCAAAAUUAUUAAAAUUAUAAAACCCAAUCAGGGUUUUAUCCAGUGCUUAUAUAGUGUUACCAUUUUAAUGUUAUUGUUUUGGGCUAAAAUCAUUCACUUUUUUGAUGGUAAACUGUAAAACAUUUUCAAAGGCUUUACUUGCUGUGACAGUCCACAUGGCAAUAAAGGAUAAGGGAGGCGAAGUUCCUUCUUAAGGGUUUAUUCCGCCACGACAGUGCUUAAUUUGGAUCUAUGGACUCAGGGAUGAUGGAAUUUAUGCAAAUGUGCUCUUCACUGAAAUGUCACCACACUGGAAACUGUAAUAUAUGUUUUUUUAAAAGUAUAGUUUUAUAUACAAAAUAUAUAUAAAUUAUGGCGAUUUAUCAGAAAAAUACUGUAAGAUUGUCACUAUUUGCAAUAAAUUCUUUCCUACUAAAACUGAUUUAAUCCCUAAGUUUGUUUUAAACUUUAAUAUCUCAA